AAUUGUUAUUUGCACGACGGUCGUGCGAAUAGAUACUUCGUCGACUAAAACGUUUUUUUUAGAGAUAAAUAGAUUUUAAUUUUAAUUGUUUUUGUUUUCAAACUUUAAUUGGUUUAAUUACUGUGAGCAAUCAUUAGAUAAGCAUAGUCCGUCUCAAUCUCAAUCACAUUAAGGACAAAAAACUAUUAAAAAUAAUGGCUGACUAUUGGAAAUCAACUGGUAAGAGAUAUUGUGAUUUUUGCAAAUGUUGGACAGCUGACAAUAAAGCUAGCAUUGAUUUUCAUGAGAGAGGAAAAAAUCACCAAUCUAAUGUCAAAAGAAAGCUUUGCGAGAUAAAAAAGAAGUCUGUUGACAAAAGAAAAAAGGAUGAGACAAACAAAGCUUUGUUUGCAAGUAUGGAAAAGGCAGCACUGGCAGCAAUACAAAAGGAUAUCAAUAGCGAAGGAGUUUCUUUAGGAAAAUCUGAUAUGAAGAAAAUUGCUGAAGCAAACACAUUAUCAGCUAACGAUUCAAGUUUGACCUAUCCAUGGAAAGCUAUGAUUGCCCCACAUGGGUUUACUUAUUACUAUAAUUCUGCUACAGGAGAAUCCAGUUGGGAGAUGCCAGAAGUUUUUAAAGAUCUUGAAAGAAAAAAAUCUGAUGAAAAAACAGCUGAUAAAAAAUCAUCCAAAAUUCUUAAUAAAAAAGAUCCAUAUAGACAAACAAAACCAGCUUUAGUUGAGGAAGUGCAUAAUGUUCACCCGUUGUUAGGAGGAUGGUCGACAAUUUCAAAACAAGAUGACAAUGAAUGUGGUGAUAAGAAAUUGGUUACAGAAAGCUCUAAUGAACAAUCCAGCAGUGACGCUCAUGGUAAAGCCAAAUUUGAAGUGGAGAAAGCGUUUAAAGAGAAAAUGUUAAAGACUCGCAUAGAUGACAUAUCUGAAACACCAGUUGAGUUUAAAAAGAGAAAAACAACAAAUAGAAGUGUUCGUAAACGAGACGAAGAUGACACAUAAAAGCGUUGAUAAAAGGUUUGUUUCAAAAUCUUGUGCUACAAAAUGGAUUAAAAUUUUACCGUUAAAAACAUCAAAGGUUUUAAUAAGAUCUAAUGAUGGAAUGUGUGAGUUAAAACACGAUUAUUCAAAAAAACAUCGUCAAAUAGUUGACCGUGACUAAUUAUAGUCGAGUAGUUGAGUCGUAAUCAAUAUUUUCUUUUAAAUCAAAUUAUAAUCUGCUCUGUGAAAUGAUCAAAUUAUAAUCUGCACUGUGAUUUAAUUAUGACUAAACUCUGAUAAUUUAAUAUUUAAAUGCAAAUAAAUACAAUAACGUAUUUCUA